AUGGAAAUUCCACAGAAAAGAGAGAAGAUGCAGGAACCAGAUAUUUCGAACUUUAAAAAGUCAGGAAAACCAUCCAAAAAAGCGGCUACAAAUCCAGAAAUGCAAAGCUACAGUAAUCUGGAAGCUUUGGAGAAUCCGAUCAAUAGUGCUCUGAUAGAAAUGCUCGAAAAUCCCGGGAAAAAGAGAUUUGAAGAUCACAAUUAUGCAGCUGAAAAUAAAGAAAAUGUGAACAAUCAGCGGAAAUCGAAAGGAAACAAAAAUUCGAGAAAAAGGAAAAGUUUGGAAAAGAAUACGGUAGAGGAGAAUAAGGAUUCUUACCAAAACCAUCCAACCACAUUUCCGACUGCCUCUGACCAAUCUUCAACAUCUGAAACCAAAAAAGUUGCCUAUACGAAAUUUCAACUGGCCACAAUGAGAGAAAUGUUUGAAAAACACGAAUAUCCAGAGCUGAAAACCUUGGAAGUGAUGGCUGAAAAUCUGAAAUUGGAUGUUUUGGCGGUUCAGAACUAUUUCAAUCGUCGACGUCAGCUGAAAAGUAUUCUAGAGCAAAUUGGAAAAGAGAAAAGUGGAUGA